GACCUACCACCAUCUCUCUCUCUUUCUCUCCCUUCCUGCAACUAUUUCAUUUCCACAACCUUCCAAACAAAGAGAAUUUAUGGAAACUGAGAUUCACAACGUUUAUUAUUCUCCUCUUCCAUGUUUAUAAUAAAACACAAGACCCUGGUUAUUGGGUGUCUCUUGCUUUCUGAACUCCAAAAUAUGGUUAUGGCAAUAACCGUUGAUUCUUCCAUCGGAAAGAUCUUGUUCACCCAUGGCUCAUGUUGAGUUCAGGACUAACCGGGGAAUUCGUUAUCAAUAUAAAUAUCAGAAGCAUCUUCUUCUUCCUUUUCCUUGUUAUAAUCGAAGCCGGGUGUUCGUGUUUCUGGGUUGCCGGAUAAGACCAUGGUUCCUGCUGAAAACCUUCCUAAAAAACAUUACCUUCCUCACGGCGGCGGCGGCGAUUUUUAUGGUUGUUGUGGCGGCGGCAGUAUAUACAGGGAGAGUUUUGGCCUUAUGAGUCGUCUUCGUGGGUAUGAUUUUCACACCGAAGCUUGCUUAGGAAUAGGAUCUGAUCUAGAAGCUAACGACAUGGAUGAAGAUGAAUCGAGAACUAAUAAUAGAAAUGAGGCGGGCUCCAACUCCAAGGAUAAUAUCCAUCAAGAACUGGAACUAGAAAGAGAUGAAGGUUGGCUCCAACUCAGUAUAGGGGGUCAAGAUCAGCCAACAAUAUAUGAUCACAACAAGCACGAGCAAGGCGAUCCAACGGCCAGAAGAGGAGAGUUGUUUGAGCUCGAUCUAUUACCCGGUGGUAGCUCGCAACAACCGAGGCCAUUAGCCCCUAUCUUUCAUAUGCCCGAGUUUCGAGCACCACCGCCGCUCAUGCAUAGUUUUAGUACAUCUUUAUUUUAUCAACAUCAACAACAAGGGAGCAGCUCCAUGUUUAGGCCGAUACCGCAAAAUAUACCACCAGCUCCUUCGGCCUCCUCAUCUUCUUCUUCUUCUUCUUCUUUGUUGCCAUUCGGGUCCUAUUUUGGCGGACCAUUUCAGGUGCAAUCCGAAAUGCAUGUUGCAGGGCCGACCUCGGAUGUUACAAUCAUUGAUCCACCUAGAAGACCCCAUUCUGGCAUUUGGUUUGUGCUACAAGCAUCACAAAAUCAAGCAAAAGAACCGUUCCUGCCUCAGAUUCCAAAGAGCUACCUGAGAAUCAAGGACGGGAAGAUGACAGUGCAGUUACUAAUGAAGUAUCUGGUUAACAAGCUGGUACUGGAAAGCGAAUCAGAGGUAGAGAUAACAUGCAGAAGGCAACAGCUUCAACCUUGCUUGACGUUGCAGCAAGUAAGAGAUGAAAUAUGGAGUUCAAGGGACGCAGUGACUUUGCUUCCACAUACCUCAACAGCUGAUCAUCUCAUGGUUUUGCACUAUGGCAGAAGCCCUAAUUCAAUCUUUCACCUUUAAACACAUCUUUUUCCCCCCAUGAUUUAAGCUCCUACGUUGAUGUUAUGUAUCAUUCUUAUUUACUCUUUUUUUUUUAAAACAAAUCUCUAAUUGUUGGAGAAAAUAGCUU